AUCUAGUGGAAAGUGGAACCUGUUUACUAUGGCAUCUUGUUUACGUAACCUCUUGUUUCGUAGUGAUCGUGAUCAAGUCUGGGAUGAACGGGGUCAAAGUAAAAUCUGUUUUUAAAAGUGACAAUCAUCUGUUGUUAAAUUAAAGUUGUUGUCAAUGGAUUGAGUUUAAAAGGCGUAUUAUGUACUUAAAAUCGAUGUACUAAACAUUGUUUAUUUUAAUAUAAAUAACCCAAAAUGGCUUUUAAAGUGUUGAGACAAACCCUCAAUCUAACCUUAAAAUAUCCUAGUUUUCAGUUUCAGCAACACCGAUACAUUUCGAUUUCAUCAUUUAGGUUUAGUGAUUCAAAAAGUUCAAAGUACGACUACGAUCUGGUGGUGGUAGGGGGCGGCUCCGGGGGUCUAGCCUGUGCCAAGGAAGCUGUCAGCUAUGGCAAGAAGGUAGCAGUGUUAGACUUUGUCUCCCCUUCGCCUCAGGGCACGACCUGGGGUCUCGGCGGCACCUGCGUCAACGUGGGCUGCAUACCCAAGAAACUGAUGCAUCAGGCAGCGCUACUCGGGGAGAGUGUUAGGGAGGCAAAAGAAUAUGGCUGGGAGAUUGAAAACCCGGAGAAGAUCAAAAUCAACUGGGAGAAACUGACAGAGGCUGUGCAGAACCAUGUUAAAUCUGUCAACUGGGUGACUCGAGUCAUGUUGCGGGAGAAGCAGAUUGAGUAUGUGAACGGCCACGGAGAGUUUGUGGAUGACCACACGAUGUUGGCGCGACUCAAGAACGGCAAGGAGCGAACGCUGACUGCGGACAAGUUUGUGAUUGCCGUCGGAGGCAGACCCAACUACCCUGACAUCCCCGGCGCCAGGGAACAUUGCAUCACCAGCGACGACAUCUUCAGUCUACCCAAACCUCCAGGCAACACGCUGAUCAUUGGUGCUGGCUACAUCGGUCUGGAGUGUGCUGGGUUCCUGCGAGGGAUGGGUAUGCAGGCUACAGUGAUGGUGCGCUCUGUAGUGUUGAGAGGCUUCGACCAACAGAUGGCAGAGCUGCUCACAGAGGAGAUGGUAGAGAGAGGCAUCAAGUUCCUGUUGAAGUGUGUCCCGCUCAGCGUCACCAAGAAGGAGAACGGCGCCUUGCGAGUGCAGUGGAAAAACCUGCAGGAUGACUCUCAGUACGAGGCAGAGUUUGACACUGUGCUGAUAGCCACAGGUAGGAAAGCUCUGACGUCCGAACUGAAUGUGAGCAACGCCGGAGUACAGGUGAUCCCGGGCAACAGCAAGAUAGACGCGAGAAACGAGCAGACCAACGUGCCUCACAUCUACGCAGUGGGAGACGUCUUGCAUGAGAAGCCAGAACUGACACCAGUGGCCGUGCAAGCAGGCAAGCUGUUGGCCUCCAGACUGUACGGAGACGGCAAGACACAGAUGGACUAUCACAAUGUAGCUACUACUGUGUUCACGCCUUUGGAGUACAGCUGUGUGGGCCUCAGUGAGGAGGAGGCCGUCAAACAGUUGGGGGCCGACAACGUGGAGGUUUACCACGCGUACUAUAAGCCUACGGAGUUCUUCAUACCGCAAAAGAACGUGAAACACUGCUAUCUGAAGGCCAUUUGUGAGAGGAGGGGAGACCAGAAGAUACUAGGAUUGCACUUCCUGGGACCCGCAGCUGGGGAGGUUAUGCAGGGAUACGCUGCUGCGCUCAAGGCUGGUAUCACCUUCAAACAGUUGGAAGGUACAAUAGGAAUACACCCUACUGUUUCGGAGGAAUUUACCCGUUUAGUCAUCACUAAACGAUCCGGCCUAGACCCCACCCCGCAGAGUUGCUGCAGUUAAACAGUUACAACUCCGUCUGCGAUGAACAACAAGCGUACAAUACUCACUCGCACCCCACCCCCCCCACCCACUCCAGUAUUGGUGUCUUUACUCACUUGAUAUUUAUCCUUGGAAGCUUUGUUAGGUAAAGGGCGCUCUUAUUUGUUAAGUUUACAUUUGUCAUCUUUUAGAACUUUUUUUUGUCAAACUAUGUUUUUAAUAUAAAUUUGCGAGUGUAAAUAAUUAUUAAACAUUUAGCUACUGUAAUUUGUUAUAAUAAAUAAGUUUUUUUUAAA